AUGGCGAGUCUUAGUUGUGGCAGCUUUUUGGUGUGCCUGUGCGCCCUGCUGAGCGGGGUCUCCACACAGUAUACCCCCGACUGGGACUCCAUAGACAAGCGGCCCUUGCCGGCCUGGUUCGAUGAGGCGAAGUUCGGUAUCUUCCUGCAUUGGGGAGUGUUCUCUGUGCCGUCGUUCGGCAGUGAAUGGUUUUGGUGGAACUGGCAGCAGGAGAAGAGCCAGGCCUAUGUGCAGUUCAUGAAGAAGAACUACCCGCCCGGCUACUCCUACGCAGACUUCGCCCCGCACUUCACCGCCGAGUUCUUCGAUCCGGACUCGUGGGCAGAACUCUUCCAGCGGGCGGGGGCCAGGUACGUAGUUUUGACAACAAAGCACCAUGAAGGUUUCACUAACUGGGGCUCUCCUGUGUCCUGGAACUGGAAUGCUGUAGACACUGGUCCACAUCGUGACCUAGUGGGAGACCUGGGAGCAGCAUUGAAGAAGAGGAACCUGCGUUAUGGCUUAUAUCAUUCCCUGUUGGAAUGGUUUCAUCCCUUGUAUUUAUUGGACAAAAAGAAUGGCUUCAAAACACAGUAUUUUGUGUUUUCAAAGACUAUGCCAGAGCUGUACGAUUUGGUAAAAAGAUACCAGCCAGAUUUGCUUUGGUCUGAUGGUGACUGGGAAUCGCCAGAUACUUACUGGAACUCUACUGAUUUUCUGGCAUGGCUUUACAAUGACAGCCCUGUUAAGGACAAAAUUGUGGUGAAUGACCGCUGGGGAAGUAACUGUUCAUGCCAUCAUGGAGGAUAUUAUAACUGUGCUGAUAAGUUCACGCCUACUGAACUGCCUGACCACAAAUGGGAGAAAUGCACUUCCAUAGACCACUAUUCAUGGGGCUAUCGACGUAAUAUGCAACUCUAUCAGGUUAUGAAUGAAGGAAACAUCAUCUCUGACCUUGUGCAGACUGUGAGUUUUGGAGGAAAUUAUCUCUUAAAUGUGGGACCCAGCAAAGAGGGCUUGAUUAUGCCAAUUUUUCAAGAGAGACUUCUCAAUGUAGGAAAAUGGCUGUUUGUAAAUGGUGAGGCAAUUUAUUCCUCCAAACCUUGGAGAGUACAAAAAGAAAAUGGCACUUGCAGCAUUUGGUACACUUCCAAAGGAUCAGUUGUGUAUGGCAUCUUCUUAACAUGGCCUGAAGGAAAUCAAAUAAAGUUGGUUUCGCCUAAAGCCUCUCCAAGUACUAAUGUGACUUUGUUGGGUCUCACAGGACAACUGCGGUGGAAACCAGGCCCAGAGUCGGGGCUCAUCAUUCAGCUGCCAUCCAUUCCUCCUGGCAUCUUCCCUGUGGAAUUUGGCUGGACACUAAAAUUGAACGGAGUAAACUAA